AUGGCUACUAUUACCAUGACUACCACUCCCAUAACUGCCACUACCAUGGCUACCACUCCCAUGACUGCCACUACCAUGGCUGCCACUACCAUAACUGUCACUACCAUGGCUACCUACCAUGGCUGCCACUACCAUGGCUACCUAUCAUGGCUGCCCCCCACCAUGGCUACCCCUACCAUGGCUACCUAUCUAACCCUAACCCAUGGUAGUGGCAGCUAUGGUAGUGAUAGUUAUAGGAGUGAUAGCCAUGGUAGUAGUAGCCAUGGUUGGCCAGAAUGA